CGGGUCCCACGAGGUGCUGGAUGGUGGAGUCUGAAGACUGGAUCCUGCCCCUUCCAACCUCUGGGGAAUCUCCAUUCUCUCCCAGAGUUUAACGUUAACGUUGGUAGCCGACAGCCGCAACAGAAAGCAGCACCUUAGGACAGUGUAACCGGAACAAUAUGCAGCAACAAUAUUAAAAUAAAUAGUACUGUUGCAAAAAAAAAAGACAAUCCAGCUUUAAAUACCGAAGGCUGGUCUCGCCUUUGCAGGGAGCUCAGGCUGACCGGGUGCCGUGUGGAUUGAGGACAAUCUGCUCCACAGCUCCGGUCGUCAUGCCCCGUUGCAGUCUUUGGGUCGGCAUCUUAUUGUUCCAACUUUUAUUGUGGACCUUGCUCUUUGCUGAAACUGAACUGGACUCGAAAACUGCGGCGCCGAACAACGAGAGUGGCCAAUGGGAUUCGGCAGCCUCCAGCCAGCCCGAAUCCAAAGCUAUGCAGCCGGGGUGGGAGCCCGAGGAGGAGAGUGCAGGCGGCGCCGCGCUCAAGAUUUUCUCCAUUGAAUAUCACCACGUCCAGGUGCCCUUUGAGAUUACACUAUGGAUUAUGUUAGCGUCGCUGGCAAAAAUAGGAUUUCACCUCUACAUCAAGCUGCCCUCAGUCGUGCCUGAAAGCUGCCUGCUGAUAAUUGUGGGCCUGAUAAUGGGAGGGAUAAUGUAUGGAGUAAAUGAAAGGUCAGCACCUGUCAUGAGCACGGACACCUUCUUCCUUUACCUGCUGCCACCCAUCGUACUAGACGCAGGCUAUUUUAUGCCAAGUCGGCCUUUCUUUGAGAACAUUGGAACAAUCCUUUGGUAUGCGGUUGUGGGGACCAUAUGGAACGCUUUUGGAGUUGGCUUGUCCCUCUACGGGAUUUGUCAGAUUGAAUCAUUUGGCCUGAAGGAUAUCUCCCUUCUCUACAACCUGUUGUUUGGAAGCUUGAUCGCGGCCGUGGACCCAGUGGCCGUCCUGUCUGUGUUUGAAGAGAUUCACGUAAAUGAGCAGCUACACAUCCUGGUUUUUGGUGAAUCACUGCUCAAUGAUGCUAUCACAGUGGUUUUAUACAAAUUGUUUAAGACUUUCUGCAUCAUGCCCUCAAUUGCAGUGUCCGAUAUUUUGGUUGGAAUUAUCAAGUUCUUUCUUGUGGGAUUCGGAGGUUUACUUGUGGGAGUUAUUUAUGGAAUCAUUGCAGCCCUUACCACUCGCUUCACAGAGAAUAUCCGCGUGAUCGAACCUCUGUUCGUAUUCCUGUACAGCUAUUUAUCAUACCUGACUGCCGAAAUGUUGCACUUUUCUGGAAUUGUAGCAAUAAUAACUUGUUCAAUGAGUAUGAAACGAUAUGUGGAGGCUAAUAUUUCUCAGAAAUCUCACACUACAAUCAAGUACUUCAUGAAGAUGUGGAGCAGUGUGAGUGAGACACUCAUCUUCAUUUUCCUCGGAGUUUCUACGAUUGGGGACAAGCACGAAUGGAGCUGGCCUUAUAUCUCUUUCACAAUGCUAUUUUGCCUUGUCUGGAGAGCUGUUGGAGUUAUUUUCCUGACAUUUAUUGUAAAUAAGUUUCGUGUGAAUAUGGUGACAAAGAAGGACCAGUUCAUUAUAGCCUACGGUGGAUUGCGGGGAGCAAUAUGUUUCUCUCUUGUUUUCUUACUCCCAAACUUCCCUCAGAAGAAACUCUUCACUACAGCCACAAUCGUUGUCAUUUUCUUUACAGUUUUUGUUCAGGGCAUGACAAUCAAACCAUUGGUUGAGUUGCUGGAAGUUAAAAGAACAAGCCAAUCCCCUCCCACAGUCAGUGAGCAGAUUCACAUUCGGUUCUUGGACCAUUUGUUGGCUGGAAUCGAAGAUAUCUGCGGACAUUGGGGCCAAUAUUACUGGAAAGACAGAUUUGAAAAUUUCAACAACAAAUAUCUGAACAAGAUCUUUAUCAGAGAGCAACACCUUUCCAAAUCCAGCAUUGUUGUGUUAUACCAGAAGCUGGAAAAGAAGCACGCCAUUGAGCUUGCGGAGGCAGGUCAGCUGACCAGCGCACCGUCCCUGCCUUGUCUCCACAGCGAGAAAACAACUGAAGUAUCCAAAAGCCCAGUGCCUCCAGAAGAGCUUGAUAACAUCCAGGAGCUCUUGAUAAGAAACCUUUAUCGAAUUAGGCAAACGAUACCGUCUUAUAGCAGACACACCUUGCCUCAAGGGAAAAACUCAAACCAGGCAAAAGAAAUUUUUCUGCGUCGUCAAGAGAGUUUACUGAAAGAAGAUGUCAUUCGAAAUUCUCUAAAGAGGAGAUCGGUUUGCUUAGCUGAUGAUUCGCAAAAGAAAGGCAAACUAGCUCGAUCACUUACAGUUGGUGGAUAUGGAGGCAGUAAAAACCGUUCUGAAGAUCCACGCCCAAAGUUACCCAGGUCCAUUUCAGUGACACCUCAGCAGCCAAGCUCCACAGAGUGGAUCAAUGAGGAGGAUUCGGAGCACCUACAGAGUUCCGAGGAAAAAGAUAUGAAUCUGAAAGGAAGGGAACCGAACGAAACUAACAAUGAAACCAAGAAGUCUGAGCUAAAAUUAAAGAUUAGAUUUGCUCCUCCAACUACAACUGAAAAUGGAUUGUCACAGAGAGAAACCAGCAUUAGUAGGAGACUGUCCCAUGCGCCUCCAUUAAUGCGACAGUUUUCUGAACAAAUCAGUGAUGGAGAGACAAUACAGGAUGAAUAGAAAGCAUGUAACAUUGAUUCAGGAGUUGGAGGGAGUCAAGCUUACCUUAGAAACAGUUGUUUUCUCUCUGUUUUUUUCCAGUAUCACAUUACACUAUUUGCAAAUAAUGGAUUAGUGUCCUUUCAUCUCCCCCUCUCCCCCUCUCCCCCUCCUCCCCCUCUCCCACCCUCUCCCCCUCCCCUCUCUGUGUUUCCCCUCUCACCCCCUCUCCCCCUCAUCCCCCUCUGUGUCUCCCCAUCUCUCCCAAUCUCCCCCUCCCUCUCUCCCCCUCUCCAUGUUUCCCCUCUCUGUGUUCCCCUCUCUCCCCCUCAUCCCCCUCUGUGUCUCUCCCUCUCUCCCACUCUCCCCCUCUCCCUCUC